AUUAUUUCUUAAUUAUACAAAAAUUAUAAAAAAAUUAAAUCAGUCAGUGUUGGCAUGUUUUGCCUGUCUGCUCGAGACUUAAAACAAAAUAAGGUCUGCUUUGCAAUGACUUUUACCUUGUCUGUCAGCAAACAGUUGCCCACGCUACGACCACGAGGAGGUACAUGCAGUGCACUGACACACUCGAGCGCAAAUAAGAAACUUAAAAGAUCCUCAAUUUUGCAGGCAUUCCUCCACAAUUCUUGAAGCUUUGGAUUCUUAGGGAAGGUGAAGAAAUGCUUAUUGGACUGUCCUUUGUUGGGAACAUAAUCACUGGUGCAUCCGGGGUAUUUGCAGGAAUAUUUGCGAUAACCAGCCAUGACUAAAGUUCAGUUGAGUAGUAGAAAUCAAAAAUCCGUCACUCCAGACCAAUGCCUUUAAAAUAGAAAGAAACACCAAUCAAAAAGAUGAGGUUAUAUUAAUAAAAUAAGAGAUACUUAUCUUUUUGGUCGGCGCUCAACACCAGGAAUUGACUCACUAACGAACUGUAAUCAGAAUUUUUGCUUUGAUUAAACGAUUAAACAAAUAAUUGCUACAUACUUCCGGUAACACGUUGAACGAUGAGUGACAAAACAACACUUUUGGCGCGAUAUUUUCGGUGCGAUCUGCGCGCAAGCGUAGAUGUCAUUGUUACGUCAAAAAAUAUAAUUUAAUGAAAUCCCUAAUAAAUACGCGCUUGUUUUAAAAUAAGCAGUCGUCAUUGGUCGUCCCUUUUCAUCUCCCCGGGAGUGCAAAACCCCCCUCGCCUAUACUCUCGUGUUGCCAAUGCGCGUAUCCCACUUUCACCCCCAUACAGGUAGUGUUUUUCCUUAAAUCUGAAACGAUUGUCCAAUUUUUCCUUCUGGAAUAAGUACAUUGCAGUGUUGUUAUCAUGUCGGAAAAUCGCGAGGAGAUUCUUGCAGACUUCCAGGCCUGCACUGGAAUCGAGGAUGUGGCCGAGGCGAUCUACCACUUGGACGAAACGAACUGGGACUUACUCCGUGCAGUCAGUCGAGUCAUGCCACCCGACAGCCAGUCUUUCCAACCGCGUUCGGACCCCGACGUUAUGGUGGUGGACGAUUACAUAAACGUCCCCUCAAGUCCCAUCGAAACGGCCACUGAUAUGAUGGAAGUGGGGAACAAUGUUGGGCACUCGGUGCCCAACAACUUAACUGCGGAGCAACCAUCGACUUCUAGGAAUAGUACGGCCAAGAUGCUCAAAUUCAAUGUACAAUACUGCGAUAGAAUUAUUACGAUAGAACUACCAGACACAGCCACAAUUUACGAUUUAAAGUUGAGAUUGUUCAAUGAGUUGAAAAUUUCGCCCUGUCGCCAGCUCUUGUCAGGGUGGGCCAGGAUGACCCAGUAUGAGAAUACGCCCUUUUCUGCGUUGCAGUUGCCACAAGAAAGUGCUUUACAUUUAACUCUCAAGCCGUCAGAGGGGGGAUUCACAGCAGACGAUGAUUUGGAGGUCCAAGAACGACUAACGGGAAAGUACACUCUCAAUAUAAAAUGUGAGGACAAAACCUACAACCUCAAAUAUCCUGGAACGCAAAAUAUACUGAAAGUAAAGGCAGACGUUUACACUUUGACCAAUAUCCAUGUACGCAAUCAAAUCUGGAGCGGUUGGCCGCCUAAUAUAGACGAUCAAACCAUGUUAGCACUUUCCGGGAUCAAUUACCCUGAACAUGACUUGACAGUAAAGCGUUCGUGUUCCGUGAAUCACAAUAAAGAUAAGAAGCAAAACAAUACGAAUAUCGUUCAGAUUGACAGUGACGACGAUGAAUUUGAAGACGCCUCAGAGAGUUUCAACGUCGAUGACGAUUAUUUCGUUGAUAAUAUUCCAUCAAAACGCACCGAACCCUUGAUUCCAGAUAAUAUAGAAGACGAAAUUGUGGGUAGUAUAAGUUUUUCGGAGCAGUUUACUAACAGGUACGGCCCCGUACACCCCGCUUUUUAUCAGAGUACUUUAGAAGAUGCGAUCAAGGAGGCUUGCCAAAAACCAGCAGCUGAAAGAAAAAUUCUGGCGAUAUAUCUCCAUCACGAUUCCAGUGUUUUAACAAACGUCUUUUGCACCCAACUUUUAGGCUACGAAAGUGUGAUGCAAAUGUUUGAAACUAAUUUUAUUUUGUGGGGAUGGGAUCUCACGUUCGAAUCAAACCGCACUCGGUUGCAAACCUACGUAAAUAAUGCUCUAGGAGCGACAGCUGCCAUGAGUUUACGCAAUAUUCCGGUGGAUAGACUGCCGGCUUUAGUCCUAAUUAUGAGAAUUCGGUCUUCGACGGAUAUUUUUAGCGUCAUACACGGCAAUGUGGGCGUUAACGAGCUGCUCUCAAGCCUAAUUGAGGCAGUUGAGGUGUUUACGGAACACCAAAGAGUUGAAAUUGUCGAGGAGAAAGAACGGGCCGAGCGAGAGUUGGUCAAGUGGGAGCAAGAUGAAGCAUAUCGUGAGAGUUUAGAAGCCGAUAGAGCGAAAGAAGAAGCUCGAAGACAGCAAGCUCAGGCCGAGUCCGAGGCCCGGCAGCGAAUAGAGAACGAAAAAGCUCAAGAACUUGCACGGAAAGAGGCGCAUCGUAAGGAAGUUGAAGCCAGUUUGCCGUCAGAGCCGCCUCUGAGUCAAGGCGAUGGCAUAGCCAAAAUCCGCUUUAGAUUGCCGAAUGGGGAGAGUAUAGAACGCCGAUUUCAGGCAAACACUCCUCUGAAAGUCCUGUUUGACUUUUUAACCGUCAAAGGUUUCCCUCGUGAAGAGUAUAAAGUGAUAUCUAGCUGGCCUAGAAGAGAUCUGACUUUGUUAGACAUAAAUAAUACACUCAAGGAACUCAAAUUGUGUCCCCAAGAAACUGUGAUAUUAGAGGAACGAUAAGUUCGGUCACAUUCCCGUAGAAGGGCUUAGUUGAGGUUACAUUAAACAGAGUCAUGCAUUCAUUUUGUGUUUUGUUUGGUUUGUGUGUCUAGGGACCUACUAGUUUUGUUGCUCUUCUUGUUGUUUUAACUGGAGGCAUGGUGAGUAUUUUUUAAUCUUGGAAAGCGUAACUUUGUUGCUAUACCAAAUAUUUCCGCCGUUGUUUAACUGGGAAUCGUCGCAAAGUAGAUAUUGUGAUACAAAAAUUCGGGCUGAUUUUUUUACUACAAUAUCAUAGUUGAUCACGAAACAAUUUUUCAAACUAGGUUUAAGAGAUUUAUGUAAAUAUAUUGCUGUUAUUGGUACUUGUAAUUAGUUUUAAUUUAUUUAUUAAUUCAUUUUUAACUGUGAAACAACUAGUAUUGUAGUUUUUGUAUGACAAUGUAAUAAUUGCCUAAGAGCUUCAAAUAUUUGUAAAAUAUUCAUGUAAUAUUUAUUUCAAAAUACAAUUACGUCUUUAAUAAACCAACUAAAUAAAAGAUU